AUGUGGCAGAUCGGCAUCCCCUACGACCUGGUCGAGCCCGUCAUGUGCAAAUCAUUCGGAGGAACCCUCGACGGAGUGGCUCUGGAGUGGCUCAUGAACAUAACACCUGGAUCCAUCUACUGCCUGUCCGACCUCAUCAACGCCUUCUACCAGCAAUUCGCCAAUAGUCGCCAGUUGGAGAAACAGACAAGUGACCUCUAUCGGUUGGUCCAAGGACCUACCGAGUCGGUACGCGAUUAUUUUAACCGUUUUAAUUGUGAGAAAAUUAGUAUAAAAAUCUGUGAUGUCAGGACAGCCAUCGAAACAUUCAAGAGAGGUCUCAUCCCCAACUCGGAGCUGUACAGGGAAAUAACCAAAUAUCCCUGUGCAACCUUCGAGGAGGUCAGAUCGAGAGCCACUGCCCAGAUGCGGAUUGAAGACGACGAGAUUACACGAAUGGCUUCUCAGCGACCAGCAGGGGGCAGCAGCGACAGGAGGUCGUACACCCCAAGGAACAACAACUGGAGACACCAGCCGUACAACCGCCAGAACCAAGUACAAAAUGUCAAUCAAUAUGAUGAUACUAACAAUGUUUACAGGAAUGAACGAGUCGUUUAUCCCCCCAUCUCCGAGUAUGGCUUCAACGUCGACAUCGGAGGCGUGGUGAACGCCCUUCAAAGUGUAGGUGGUACCGUCAGAUGGCCUAAGAAGAGCGACAGACCAGAUUCCAUGAAGGACAUGAGCAAGUGGUGCGACUUACACCGCGACAACGGCCACACAACCGAGGAAUGCAUCUCCCUCAAAAAGGAGGUAGCAUAUCUGUUAAAAAGGGGACACCUGAAGGAACUGCUGAGCGACAAAGGGAAGGAGACGUACAACAAAGACAGCAACACCCAUCCCAGCCCACCAUCAGGCGGCGACCGACCGGCCCCGCCUAUGUUCGAAAAAGUGGUAAAUGUUAUCUCUGGUGGUUUAGAUAUCUGUGGACUAACUUCUUCUGCAGCUAAAAAAAUCAACAGGGGCGAAUCUGAAGCCGUCAAAGAGGGGCAGACCGAAGACGAAAUGGCACUCGAAAAAUCAUUAGCAGCAAUGUCAAUCACCUUCGACGACUCAGAUUCAACCAACGCACAACAGGAACAUCACGACGGGCUAGUCAUAUCGCUCCCAAUAGGCAACGCUCUAAUCAAAAGGAUAUUGAUUGACAACGGCAGUUCAGCAAACGUACUGUUCUUAGAGGCUCUACAGGAAAUGGGACUUGAAGAAAAGAAUAUAGUCAGAAGGUCGACGGUCUUAGUAGGUUUCAGUGGAGAAUCGCUUCGGACAGUAGGGGAGAUAUCUCUGCCCACGUACGCAGAAGGUGUUAAUGUGAUGACCAAGUUCAACGUCGUCGACUGCUCAUCAACAUACAACGUCAUCCUAGGACGACCUUGGAUCCACAAAAUGAAAGCAGUGCCAUCAACAUACCACCAGUCAAUCAAGUUUCCAACCAAAUGGGGGGUCAUGGAAAUCAAAGGACAACAAAGAGAAGCGAAGAAAUGCUACGAAACAGCGCUGAAACCAUCAAAGUCAUCUAUCUAG